AUGAGGCACCGCGACCUCGGUCCAGAGCAGGAGAAGGAACAGGGGGGAUUUAGUCAACAUGCAGCUUUAAUUCUGUACAAUGAUAUUGACAACAAAAUGGUGACCGAUUUCGUGAAGGCUUAUGAAGGAACGGUAAUGAUUCAAAGUAGAGGAACAGAGCCUGCGAAACAAGUCGUCAUCAUAGUGGAUAACUAUCAAUCCUUCAUGAGGCUCCUCAAUAAAAUGAGGUCGGAUUUGAGAGGACGCAACUUAUUCAAUGGAGGAGCAAAGUUUCUAAUCGUGAUCAAUUCAAACCGAAAAAAACUGGACCACAUCACCACCAUUUUAUGGAGCUUUUACGUCACUGAUGUAAUAAUCUUAACGAAAGACAAGAAGAACAAAAUUGCCAUGUUCACUUACUAUCCUUAUAGAAAUCAUUUGAAUUGUCAGAACACGGAACCGACCCUCAUCAGUUAUUGGAAGCCGGACAUGUCUCUGAGAAACAUGUACCCAGAUAAAAUGAGUAACAUGCACGAGUGUCCUUUAUACAUUUCGACGAAUAAAAUCUACCACCAAGGAGGCACUGACCGAAAAAUUCCGCUGCAAAUAAUCAAGAAAUCAAUAGUGAGAUUGCUUCGGGAUAUCAUGAAUUUUACGCCCAUAAUAUCAGCCAGAGAUUACAUCAGCAUCGAUUCGGAUCGAGCCAAGAAUUGGUCGGAUUCUUUAAAUGACGUUAUAACUGGGUUUGCAAACAUUUCUACGUGUACCAUACCUCUGGGAGUAGACAGAUUAGGUCUUCUAGACUAUUCUAUGCCGUAUUUUCGUAUUCGUAUUGCGUGGUUGGCUCCUCCGGUUGCUCCAGGGCCUAUGUGGUGGCGACUACUAUCACCAUUAAAUGGGUAUCUAUGGCUUAUUCUCCUGGUAGUUACAUUCAUAGUCAUCUCCCUUCCUUUUGUAUUGAAAUUUAAGCGCACAAAACGGUUCUGCAAUCGUUAUUUUAAGAACUUUGACAAGGUUCAAGGAGCUGCUUUUAGGGUUUGGGGAGCUAUGCUAGGUCAGACUAUCAGAGUUGCCCCAAGAAGAUUCAGGGACUUCUACAUUGUAGGACUGUGGAUCUGGUUUACUUUUGUCGUCAGGAAUGCAUACCAAAGCGUCCUUAUAGGCGCCCUGAAGACAGAUACCCUUACAGGAAAUUUCGCGAAUUUGAAAGAGACUGUUGACAAUGGGUUUAAAUUCGGCGGCAGGGCUGGCAUUUACGGCCAUUUCGAAUUUGAUCCCUUAAUCAGAGAUGGCUUUGAAAUAAUUCCCGAAGUGAAAUUUGAAGAUGUUUUCCGCGAAGUUUUGGAAGGGAAGAAGAAGUUUGUGCUGGCUACAUCCUUGGAGUAUGCCUUUGCUUUUUGCUUGGCACAAGGGAAGAAAGAGAAUGAGUGUGGGCAUGUGUUACCAGACUCAAUACUAACUGUCCCAUUGGUGGUGUGGAUGAAGAUGUACUCUCCGUUUGUGAGACCGCUCUCUGUCUGGUUACCAAGGAUGAUUGAAACCGGUUUGUUGGAGAAGGAAGCGAACUUGAAGACGACGUACGUUCCUUCCAUAAAUUCUGAUCCUUCGCCAUUGACUCAGCAUCAGACCCUUACUUGCUUUCUCUGUCUCAUGUUUGGCUGUUUGAUUUCUUUUAUAAUAUUCUUUUGUGAGAUUUUAAGGAAGAAGUCAUCUAACUAUACCAUCGUGAAAAAGAAUUUAAACUACAAUUUACACGAGUAA